UCGCUUGCACCGGAAGUGCAUUUUGUUGUUCCUGUUUGUAGCAUUGGAGCUCACUUCCUGGUUAGCUUAACUUUACUGAUUCUACCUGCUAACAGCUAAUAUACGAAACAAUAUAAAGGUGACGCCACAGGAACAAGUUAACAACCGAUCGUUUCGUGUGAAUAAAGUCACAUUCACAAAAACAGCUGUACAAUGAUUCCCUCAGUUUGUGCUGGGUCAUAGAGAGGAGGCUGCCAGGAGGAGCUCAGCGGUACCUGCUCACUGACAUUAGCUAACACAGAGUGACCUGGCGAUGAUUGUCCCUGUGUUACUGUACCUGUGAUCAUGGCUGCUGGUCUGUGUCGAUGCGUCCUGUUCAGCUGGGUGACCAAGUUUAACAAGCACGCUGGUUUGACACAGGUGAUGAGGUUCAGUGCUCCUCCUCCUCCUCCUCUUCCUCUUCAGUGGAAAACACCUGCCAGCUUGUUACGAGCUGGAAUCACUCAGACAACUGCUAACUCAAGUUCUAUGGCGAGGAAAGCAGACGCGAUCAGUGCCUCCUGUUCCAGGAGUCUCAGUGCAACCUCUACUCCACAUGCAAAAUCUAAAGUGAAGAGAGUUUCUAUCGAGGGCAACAUAGCUGUUGGAAAGUCGACUUUUGCCAGACUCCUGCAGUCAGCUUGUCCAGACUGGGAGGUGAUGGCAGAACCCGUCAGCAAGUGGCAGAACAUAGAGAGUGGGAUGUCAAAGGGGCCAGACUCGUCCCCCCAGGCGACAGUCAGCAACCUGCUGCAGAUGAUGUACCAGGACCCCGAGCGCUGGUCGUACACAUUUCAGACAUAUUCGUGUAUGAGUAGACUGAGAACACAGCUGCAGCCUCCUCCUGCUCGCCUGCUUAGCUCAGAGGGAACGCCUGUCCAGGUGUACGAGCGCUCAAUCUACAGCGACAGAUACAUCUUUGCCUUGAACAUGUUCGAGUUGGGUUGUAUCAACUCAACAGAAUGGGCCGUUUACCAGGACUGGCACUCCCUGCUGGUGGAACAGUUUGGACACCAGGUGGAGCUGGAGGGCAUCAUCUACCUCACAGCUCCACCAAAGAGAUGUAUGGAGCGUUUGGAGAAUCGGGGAAGGUCUGAGGAGAAGGGAUUGGAGCUGGACUACCUUGAGAAGCUACAUGUCCAACAUGAGCGGUGGCUGGUCGAGAAAAGUACUGAAAUACACUUUGAGAAGUUAAAACACAUACCUGUGUUACAACUCGAUGGCAAUGUGGAGUUUCAGAGGGACCCUGAGGUGCGGGAGCAGCUUAUUACAAGGUUCUGAUCUAUGGUGAUCAUUUCAUACACAGGUGAAGAACUUCUUCAGCUCUUUGUGAGGGAACAGUUUUCAGACCACAUCAACAGACCAGACUUCAUUUAGUUAAGUGUUAAGUGACAUAUCAACACAUACAAGCCAAUCGGCUUGAAGGAAUAUAUUAUAAUAUAAUACUAUUGUAAAACAGACUUCGAUAAACCUCCAUCUCUACAUGACACAUGAAAAUAUUGUCUGUAUAUGAAUGUUCUUCUGUAGAGACUUUUACUGUUACAUUUUUCAGCUUAUUAGCGUUGAUUUGUUUACACGUUUGAGUCUUUAGAACCGAAUUUCUUUUUUGUUACACAAUAAUUCACAUAUUCCUAUGAUUGAAACACAGAUCAGUGGAGCCUGUGUAAAUUAUAAACUAAAUCUGUGUGAUCACCGCUGGGACCAUAUGGAAAUACAGUUUACUGAACAUCACACAGUUGUUGUGCAUGUUUUAUUCAUUCCUGACUGGAACUGCUGAACAAGACAAGUGUUGUAUUUAUUCUCCAUUAAUAAAUAAAGAUCUUUCAAUUUUUUUCAAUUA